AUGAACGUUCUGUUGAACUAUAUAAGCAAGCAUGAGAAAGCUUUUACACUUAAUUUGAUGUCAAAUGAUGAUCAGAAGAAUCUUAUGAAGACACAGAGAAGAUGUUAUGCUAAGUUCGAACUGCGAUUGAAAGGAGUUGUCAGAAAUGACAAACCCUUUAAGGGAACCACACAAAGGGGAAAACAGGAGUUAUGGGACAAAUUAAAACGCAUGGAGAGGUUCUUUGAACCGUUAGCGACAAUUAGUUUGUUUGUACACAUAACUCCUGUUUUCCCCUAG